AUGCACCUGUCCGUCACUCCGAGCGACACCUUCAACUUUGACGAGACCGCAUUGUACAUCUCCAUCCUGCCAAGGAAAACCUAUGGUAGCAACGUCUUACCGUCGGGUUCCUCGUCAACGCCGACGUUGUUCACGCACUUCAUCGAGCAGCUCGACGGUGCAAUGUACGCUGAGGGAAAGAAGAUUGUGGUGCUGCUGGACAAUGCCAGCAGCCACACCCUCGAGACCGAAGGCGCCACGAUGGAUCACCUGUUCGGUUUCCGCACCGUGGCGCUCGGGAACGCACGGUACCGGCAGCAUUGGAUCCGUGCCUUCACCCGCACGUGGACGGCCGAAUGUGCCACGUCUGCCGUCGCGCGCUUCAGGCCCAACAUGCGGGCGGUGGUUGAGUGGUUGAAUGACGCGUGGAUGAACCUUCCCCCGCGCGCCAUCCAGCGCUGCUGGUGGCGCACGGGGUGCCUUCCGCUCGUUUGGGCACUCUCCCUGGACCACGUGGAAGCCAUCCCACGCAACAACGGCGGCACGGUGGUCGAUGGCGCGGAUGGGACCAAGACCGGCCUCGAUGAGGAGGUCAACGAUGUUGGCCUCCUCAUCGACCGGCUCUGCCUCGGUCCGAGCGCCAUGCCGGCCGAGGCGUUUGUGGGGAUUGACGACAAUCAGCCCACGUGCGCUGAGCCCGGCGAGGAUCCACUUGCGCGGGAGCCGCUGCCACGCGAUGCGGCAGUUAUGUGGGAGGUGCCGGCGAACAUGCAGCAGGUGUACGAUGAUAGCAACCCCGCCUCCCGCGAGGCUCAUCGUACCGCGCGCGCGGCGUGCGAGAUGCUGAUCGGGUACGUGCGGGCGACGUGCAUCUCGCCGCGCGACCUGUGCGCCCUUUUCGACGCUCGAAACCCCAUCGUUGUUGCGCGCAUGGAGCGCGCGAGCCCCGCCCUUGAUCACAACAACGCCCCUCCUCCUGCUGUGACUCAUGCGGACACCCCCUCGCCAGAGACCCCUCGUCGCCGCGGUAGGGUGCUCCCGGCGUGGAUGCACGUGCCCACCCCGGACAGGGUGGCUCAGACGGCCCGCCACCAGGAGCUCAUUGACGCCGGUGCUCCCGCCGUUAUGAGCGGGUACCUGGCGGCAGCAGAGUGGAUGCGGCUGUGA